UGUUCAGGAAACAUGGCCGCGUGCUGUCUGCCAGUGUUACAUUUAUUUACGUUUUGUGUAUUAUCUUUCAAAACACCUGGCAAGGUAGAAAAAGCUAAAGUUACAAUCUGUACCGCGUAAAAAACACAAAUGGCAGUAUAAACGUUUAUGUUUUCCGAAGUAAGAGGAAGGAACAGGAUUUCAUCGUAAGCGUUGUGGCACUGGUCUCCUUGCUGUCAGUUUCCACCCCCCGGGUAUCGUACUGCAUUUCGUAGCCUAGUCUUUCAUCGAUACUCUUCUCACAUUACAUUCGGUAAUAGUAGCUAUGUUUAGCCCCGUCAAAUCCUCGUAUUUCAGAGUCAGCCCAGCCACUGUCAACAGAGAACUUGGCAAGACCAAGAUGAGAUAGCAAGAGGACAAACAACAAUACCGACACGUAGAUAGAUACAAGGCUACAUACACUAUUUUUUUUUAACGAAAGCUAAAGCUAUUAGGUUAAAGGCAAUGUUUGGGUGUCUUUUUGAGGAAGAGGAGGAAGCAGGGUUUUCUCCUAACCCAGGCUUGGGAAGAGUUGCCAAAGGUAUAGAGGAGCCUCCUCCAACUAGGGGAAAAAGCAAUCUCAGCGGCAUUAAGAACCAGGGGGGUACCUGCUACCUCAACUCCCUGCUGCAGACCCUGCUGUUCACACCAGAGUUUAGAGAGGAACUAUUUAGCCUUGGGCAGGAGGAAUUGGGACUUCUGGAAGGCAAAGACAAACCAGAGGCCAAAGUUCGAGUGAUUCCAUUGGAGCUCCAGAGACUGUUUGCCCACCUACUGCUAGUGGACCAGCAGAGUGCCUCAACAACCCAACUCACUGACAGCUUUGGCUGGAAAAACAAUGAGGAGACUAACCAGCAUGACGUGCAGGAGUUGAACCGGAUUCUUUUCAGUGCUCUGGAGCACUCCUUGGUGGACACCAGUGGCAGCAGUCUGAUCCACAGACUCUACCACGGGACCAUUGUCAACAACAUAGUCUGCAGUGAGUGUGGCAAUGUCAGCCAGAGACAGGAAGACUUUCUGGACUUAACUGCUUGUGUGUGUGGUAUGGGCAGCCUAGAGAAUGCACUUUGGGCCAUGUUUGUGGAGGAAGAGAUGUUUGAGGGCAACAACCUGUACCGAUGUGCCAAAUGUGAUGGACUAGUAACUGCGGCCAAGUCGGCCAAACUGCAGGAGCUUCCUCCCUUCAUUACCAUGUCCCUGCUGAGGUUCAGCUUUGACUUCGCCAAGUGUGAGCGCUACAAGGAGAUGGGGCGCUACACCUUUCCUCUCACCAUUAACCUGCGGCCCUUUUGUGAACAGAUCGAUGGAGAGGACGCUGAGUUCACCUACAAGCUAUUUUCUGUGAUCAUCCACAAGGGUGGUUGCUAUGGGGGCCAUUACCACGCAUUCAUCAGGGAUAUUGACCAGCUUGGCAAAUGGGAGCCGCCGGAGGAAGACUCCAAAAAUAAAUUCAGGAAGACAGUGAAGACAGUGGAGGAGGUGCCGGAGGUGCCGGAGGUGAAGGAGGUGCAGGAGGUGAAGGAGCUGCAGGAGCCCAAACUGGAUGUUGAGGACCCUCUUUGUCUGCUCACAGCUGUCAUAUCCCAGGAGCCGUCGAAGAGUGUGUUGCUGGACCAGUUGGGACAGAAGCUACUGGACAAGACGGGAUCUUCCUGGGGCAAAAAGUUUAGAAAACAUCAUGGCCCCAUAGGCAAGUUCCUGCAGUCCCACAGCGACGUGUUCAUGUUGGUGUCUAACGGCACCAGGGUAGCCCUGAAGUCAAACCAACCCAGCACUGCCGGCUCCAGCCCAGCAGAACCCAGCCCUCCCACCAAGCCGUCCCCCGCUCCUCAACCAGGGACUCCUCCAGAACCAGAGCACAACCCAGGGCCCGAACCAGAGGGUGACCACUGGUUUGACCUCAACGACUCCACAGUGGCCUCCAUCAGGGAGUCUGACAUAGAAAGACAGUUCCAGGGCAAAGAGAGCGCCUACAUGUUGUUUUAUAGGAAGGUCCAGCUGCCCAGGCCAUCAGAAGCCUUCAGGAACCCUCUGUAUAAAGUCCCUCCUCACCUGGUGCAGAUGGCCGCAGAAGAGAACCUCAACCUGCAGCGAAGACGCGAAACGUUCGAGAACUCCAGCAACAGUGUGGAGCUGCGCCUGCACCUGGCACCCUCCUAUAGGCUGGAGAACGGGGCUCUUCAGCCAAUGAGCAUCCACCAGGAGGGAGUCACACCUCUCAGCUUUGACCGCAGGAAAACGGUUGGAGACCUGCGAUUAUCUGUCUACCAGAUGCUGGAGCUUUGGGAAGGGGACAUGGCCUUGACCGUGGCCAAGAGCCUCCCUGCAGGUCUACACCUCUACAACACGCUAACAGAUGACGGCAUGUCUCUGUACAGCGCGGGCAUCGUCACCAACUCUGACUUGUUUGUGUGGAACGGCAGAGAGGUGGCCGGGGCACCUGUCCUCACGGGGGCCGAGUGGGAGCCGGUGCUGCUGACCGUUGUCAGGCCCUAUCUCGGGGACGACGGCGACGACGGGGGAGGAGGGAGGGUGGAGGAGAAGGAAGGUGACGCAGCACCUGGGGAGGCCCCUGGUAAGGGGAAGGAGAACGGGGGGCCCGGGCUCAUCAAGGAGACCAGGGGCUUUGCGUGCGGGGCCACCCUCGGGGAGGUCCGGGAGGCUCUCGGCGAGCCCCAGGAGAGCAUGCUGUGCCAGGUGCAGGCGGCGGGGAAGGGGGGAGGUGCAGGAGGAGUGGAAGGCCAAGGCGGGGGUGCCAGUGGCUGGAAGGUGUUCCCUCCCGCGGACUUGCAGCGGACACUGAAGGAGCUGUCUCUGAAGGACGGAGACAAGCUGCUGGUCCUGGAGCCCCAGAGCUUCGACAGCAGUUUGUUCAGUCUGAGUGGGGAACUGGUUACCGUGACGACGCCAUCCGACUGCCGCUGGCUGCUCGUGGAGUUCCGACCGCACAGAGGAGGAGGAGGGGGAGGAGAGGGAGGAGGGGACGGCGUGGGAGAGGAGGAGAGGAAGAGUGCCAAAGUCCCUGCUUCAGGGAUCAUGUCUAUAGGGGAGGUGAAACAGAGGGCAAUAGAGGAGUUGCACCUAAAGGAUCAAUUAUCAGGUGUUGAGUGUUGCCUCAGACCGAUGGACCGAACAGGAAAACAUUUGCUUACCCCUGUUUGCGAGGAGUUGAGUGUUCGGGAUGCGGGUGUGCGCCUGAUGACCACACUCAUCCUGUGUCUUGGAAAAGCCCCCACGACCACACAGCUGUUUUUGCACUACUCUUUGGGCACGGCGCCCUCUGCUGGCAUGGAAAUGGACAUCAUCGUGGAGCAGACUUGCACUGUGAAAGAGUGUCUCAAAGCAAUGCUGGAAGCUAUCGGACUGGAAGGCGACAGUUGGCAUUUAAGAAUCCUCGACUGGUGUGACGAGGUCGGGGAACCGCUCAUGAACGAGGAUGCUCCUCUGUCAGAGCUGAACAUCAGCUGUGGAGAUACCCUGGUUAUCACACAGGGACAACUGCCCCCCAAGGGCUACCUCAACCUAUCCGUAUGGCUGCUUCUUGAUGCCGAGAGCGAUGUUGUUUCUUAUACGGAUGGUGACUCUAACCACACAAACAAAGGCUCAUCAGAGGACGUGAACGCAUCUGGUGUUCCAGGGGCCACACUGAGAGCCUUGGGAAAGGUUGAAAUACCAGAUGAAGCCACACUGGAGGACCUUAAAAUACAGGUGAUGACACUGCCCGGCCUGCAGAGUGUGUGUGUUCCCACCCCGGCCUUCCUGCGUCUCUGGCAGCUAGAGGAGCGGAGGCCUGUGCGUAUCCACAGAGGACAACAGCUCACACUCAGGAAGCUGAAGGUGACUGGCGGUGCAGAGCUCUGUGUGCAGCGCCUGCUCAGCGAGGAGGACCUCGGUCUGAAGGAGGUGUUACUGCGUGUCCAGAUGGCGGUGCCGGGCGAGGGCCGCUACUACCCCGCGGAGGAGCUGGUGUGGAACGCCUCGCGGGACUCCUCCCCGGGCUCCCUGCGCUCCACGCUGGCGGCCCGCUACGGCCUGUCCCCCGACGCCCUGCUGCUGGCCAAGCAGCACCCGGACAAGCACACCUGGGACGCCAUCACCAGCUGGAGCCAGCAGACGUCCAAGAGGAAAAAGAAGAAGAAGACAGAGUCCCUGCUCGGAGCGCCGUUCCACCUCAAAGAUGGAGACAUGAUCGGAAUCAAGAACCUGCUGGUUGACAGCAGCCGGGACUUCUGCACCCUCGAGGACCUGCAGGGCCAGCAGAGGCUGAGAGAGGAGGAGGAACAACGCAGGAAAGGAGGAGCGAGUUGUGCAGCGGGAGUGGAGAACAAGGCUUCCUGUAAGGGCAGAAGGCCCGAGGUGGCCCUGUCCAUCAACGUUGGGACAUUCCGGUAGCCCCGACUACCUGAUGGAUGUCAAAACAAAUGACUCGUAAUGCUACUACUUCUACUACUACCUGUAAUAUCAUGCUUACUAGAAAAAGAGUAUCUGGGACUUUCUACCCACAGGAUUAUCUCACUCAACCUCAAUCUUGUGCCAAAAAAGAUUGAAUCCGUUUCCUUACCAGUACACAUGGGUUUAUCCCCUCCCAAAAAACUGAAGUGGUCAUCCGAUUAGGGGACUUAGGGAUUCAUAACGGAAUUGUUUCUGUACAAUCUGCUUUACUGUGCGUUUUGAUCUGCAUUACGUCUAUGCAACAUCUCUGUUUCCGAAAGAGGUCAUUUACCUUUUCUUUCUUUUUUUACUUACGACCUAAAUUCUACUGUCUGCCGGUUGACUUACAAACAGUUUGAUGCCAUUUUCUUUUCCAUGAGUUCUACUGAAAUCUGCAUUUUCACUUUUUUUUUUGAGUAAUGUGCCUGAAACAUUAGCCACGGGGUAUUAUUAUAAUUUUUUUAUGCAUUGGUCACUAUAUAUCAGUACAAUUAUGAGUGUCAUAUUCACACUAGUGACCACUUAGCUUGGUAACCCUUUUUUUGUUCUUUUACUCUGAAUUUAACAAUUCUUGUUCUGUGGCUCUACUGUACUAACUCACGCCGGUCAUGGAGUUUGACAUUACCAUGGAGAGGCUCAUCAGUCUUCCCUACUCCACUCUACCUCUCUCUCUUUAUCUCUACCUCUGCAUCCCUACUCUUGGUCCAUUUCUCUAUUGCUGUUCAGGUGUUUAUUUUGGCCUCUCCCGGUAUUUAAACAUUGAGUCACUUUUAGUAAUUUGGCAAUAAAUGUGGAGUAACCCUUACGAUAUAUAAAUAAUUGGCUGCUGUGCGGAUAACCCCAUUUGAACUAUUUAACGGAUGGAUGGAGUUGCAGUUAAAUUUGAGGGAUAGAUGUAGGCUAUAUUUAUUUCAAAUCCCUUGACUGCGAUCACUGACUGAAAUCAAAGCAGACAAUCUAGACUUUAAUAUCAUUCAGUUGUCUUUAAACUAAGAUAUAAGUUUGAUUUACAAAAAAUAUGUUUAAUAAUAAUAAUAAUACCUGGUAACUUUGGAUGAAUGCCUUUAUCAGCCCUGUAUCAGAUUUAUACUACAUUUAUGCUCAAUGCUGUUUUUCGACCUACACUUGGAAAAAUGGGAUAUUGAGGUAAUUCAGUGCACAAUUCUUUAAAUGUACAUUGCAUGCACCAUUACCCGCAUUUCAGGGAAUAAAUGUAAUCCAUUGAUUCGUUAUUUUAAUUUACUUAGCCUAUGACAUGUCAUGAACUACAGUUGAAAAGAAAAAAAAAGUUAUUCGGGACUUUGUAUCCUUUGGCACAAAUGAUUUUUUAUUUCUCGUCUGGCAUGAAGUGCCAAGUAUUUAGCCUACUAGAGACUUUACUUUGCCAGUUUUGUUUGGAGGCGAAUGCAGGGAAACGAGGUAAUAACCUAUUUUCGAAAUAAACAGUAUUGCCAUGCAGGGUCAUUUGCCAUAGAUAGGUCGGCAGGAUUUUACGUCGAAUUUGUUGUGUUAACGAUUUAUAUAUAUAAAAUUAAAUAUAUAUCAAGAUCUUA